CUGAAACUGUUGCCUAAUAUCGGAACGAGAAUUAGUAGUGUACCUUGAUUUCCGAAAUGAGGAAAAUUCAAGUGUGUGCGGAACGUCGAGGAUUGUGAUAAAUGCAGACAGGAACAAAAUCUUCAUUCACUAUCUCAAUCAUCAGUAUUAUAAAUAACACAACAUACGAAAUCUUCAGUUUGUUAUCUAUACUAUAUGAGGUCUAAAAGUUGAUUUUUGGUUAACAACUCAGAGCGUUGUACAUUCAAAGUGGAUACAUACUGGAGUACUACAAUAACUUUAUACAUCAACAUUCUUCUGUAGGUUUUUUUUAGUUCAAGAUGCCAGCAAAAUUACUUCGUUCUGUAAAUAAAUAUUUAUAUCCUCAAGAUGAGAUAUUCAUAAGGCCUAUUAUUACACUAAUUAAUAAUACUGUGGGAGUAGCUGCUCUAGCUAUGCCAUUUUGUUUUCAUCAGGUAUUUAUUUUGUUAUUCACUUAUAUAAUAAAAUUCAGUGUGGUAUUUUAUUAUCUUUUUUAUUUCUUGGAAUUACUGCUGCAUUUUCAAUAAUGUCAUGCGAUGCUUUAAUUGAUAUCUGUUCUACUCACCGAGUUCUUCCAUUUGAGCAUGCUUGUAAUUUUAAAUAUUCCAUAUAAACUUGAACUCUAUAGGCUUUAAAGCAUUAGGACAUAUGGGAAAAAGUUUAGCUGAAUUAAGUGUUAUUUGUCUAUUGUUCGGUUACGUUGUAGGAUAUUAUGUUACUAUUGCAGAUCUGAGCACUGGCGUUGUUUCACGAAUCGCUGUAACUAUUCCAACUCAUCAACUUCGAUUUAUUCUACUAGUGAUGUUUACAAUUACUUUAAUACCGCUAUGUUUAAUUCCAAGAGUUCAAAGUUUACUUCGAUUGAAUGUUUUUACAAGUCUAUUUUAUGGUGUAGUUACUUUUCAUAUGAUUUUUAUACUUGGUCUACCUCGAUUAAUUUCCAACAUGCCCUGGGAAGAAAUCAAUUGGUGGAAACCGGCUGGUCUGAUUGAAUGUAUCCCUAUAUUUUUAGCUUCAAUGUUCUGUCAAACACAAUUACAUGCCACAUCAUCUAAAUGUUUUCAGCCAACAUCAUCAAAUAUGCGACUGAUAGUUCGUGUUGCGUUGAUUACAGUGGCUAUAGUUUAUGGAUUUUUUGGUUUCUUUGGUUACGUGGCAUUUAUUAGUUCGAAAAGGACAAUAUUUUCCGGUAACGUCUUUUUAAUGUAUCCAGAUGAUUUGCGUAGUUUCUGUAUACGUGUUGGAUUUCUACUAACCAACAUUGUUUCUAUACCGUUGAUUAUUUUUCCAUUACGUCAAACUGUAUACAAUUUAUUAUGUCAAAAAAGAUUAACUUCAUUUGGUGUCGAUUUGGAAAUCGAUUCAACUCCUAUGAUUUCUGAUGAGGUUCCAAGAAGAUUUAUUCAAAAAAUCACUAUCUCAUUAUUACUUGUCUCAUUUCUUCUCAGUUUAACUACGGAUAAAAUUGAAGUUAUCAUUCGUUAUACAACUAGUAUAGCUGGUUCAUUAACUGGUUUCAUUUUACCAGCAUUAGUACUUUUUGUUACUACAAUAAAAAAUGAUCACGAUCAUCAUGAUCAUCAUUACACUACUAAUCAUAAUAAUAGUAGUAUAUUACGUUUUUUACAAAUUUAUCGUCGUCAUCAUCAUCAUUCAAUGAUUGUUUAUUGUUUAUUAUUAGUUGGUUGUCUUUUAUUUUCAUUGGAAUUUUUCUCAGUACAUUAUACUACUAAUAAUAAUAAUGAUAGUAGUCAUAAUAAUGUUAAAUUAUUAUCAUUGGAUAAUACUAUUCAUAUGAAUACUAUUAUUACAUCAUCUUAUCAAUCCAAUAUGAAUACAAUGAAUUCGAAUAAUUUACAAUCUAUGACAAUGAAAAAUCCCCCUGAACCAAUUGAUCUAACAAAAAUUCAAUCACAUAUUAAUAAUAAUAAUAAUAAUACAACAACUAAAUUUUCACCAUUGAAUACACAAACUAAACAACAAAUGAGACCAAUUACAAUAUUGAAUAAGACUAUUAUGAAAAAAGAUAGAAAAAAAUCACCAUAACAACAACAACAUCAUCAUCAAUGUCGACGUUGUUGUUGUUGUUGUUGUCGUCGUUAUUCGUUGCCGAAAUUUGUCAAAUUCACAUGAAAUCUUAGUUGUUGUUGUUGGUGGUGUUUCCAUUUUUUUUUAAAACAAAGUUAAAGUAACACUGUGAUUGAUAAUCAACUUCUGUUUUUCAAGAACAAAAAAAGAUAGAAAGAAGUUAAAACUUUCCAUAGAAUUGAAAUCAUAAUGUAACAAUAUUGUGUACAUAAGAAUGUCAGUCACAACGUAGAACUUCAUACUUACGUACAUCAGUUCGAGUUGUAUAAUUGCAAUCAUCGUCACAUGUAUCUUGAUGUAUGUAUGUGUGUGUGUGUGAGUGAGUGUGUAUACCUUAUUAGUUUAUUGUUCUAUGAUGUGUUUCUCUAUACAAAUCAUGUCCCCAUCAACAAUAUAUAUAUAUAUAUGUGAUAUUUAAGGGAUCAAUAAUCAUCAUUUUGUGUUUGUGUUUUUUUAUACUUUUGCCUUUCAUUGUCUUGUUUUGUUUUCUUAGGUAUAGAGGGAUUAUUGGGUUCUGUACGUACGAAGCAUUGUUUUGUCCUUUCAAUAGCAUUGUUGAAUAUAUAUAUACAUAACUUCUAAUGAUCUAAUUGUGAUUUCUUCUUCUUAUUGAUGUUUCACUUUUUCAUAGGAUUGAUAACUUUUGUUGGUAGAUUAUUUAAAUCAGUAGGGCUGUUGUAGGUGUUUGUGUGUGUAUAUAUGUAUCUAUGUAAUAACCAUUCACUUACUAUCGACAUAUUCAGUGUUUGAGUUAUAUAUGAGAAGCUCUUUUAUAUGUACUGUUCUACUUGUUCAAUUAUCAAUAACAAGUUAAUAUUAAUCUUUCGGAUUGUCAUCUGUGUAUAUACAACAUCCUUUAUGGUUUACUUUAAUUUAUAAUAAGAAUUUGUUUAAUGUGUUUUUAUUCACUAAAUAUUUUUGUAAUUUAAAUAAACAUACUAGAGACUUUUUAAA